AUGAAGAGAAUAUAUGAAGUGAUUUUAUUCAUAAAUGUGACAUUUCUAAUUCUUUUCUUAAUUCAAUUUGGUGAAGCGAGUGAACGAACACAAGUGCACAGGCAAAGGAGAUACUUAGGUUUUAGGAAUAUAACUCAUUUGUUUGUUCGUUUCAACUUUAGGGACAAUGUGAUACCCUGGAAUCAGUUAUUCGCAAAUGCGGCCGGUUUUCGCAUGAACUUUGAUGACCCCCCUGACUCUUUUCAUCCGUACCAUCAUUUGAGCCGACGUAGCGUUUAUAAAAAUAUAGAAAUAUUACUUAAUAGGAAUGGCUUGGACGGCUACCACUGUGUCCGACGGGCAAUAUGUGAUGUUAAUCGAAUAGAUGAACCGAACGGAAUUUAUCAUAAAAUUCUCAAAAUGAUAUUCAGACAACAAUCAUCGGAAACAGAAAAAUGGCACAAUAAAAACGAAGAAACUUGUCAAUUAUCGACGAACAAAUGUCCGUUCUCUAUGCUCCAAGUUUCAACGUACACAGAUAUUUAA